UCGGACACUACUCUUAAAGUUACUAAAAGUGCACCAUUAUAAUAACUGUUUUAUACAACGCAACGUGAAAAAUGGCCAAGGUAUUUAACAAAGAUGCACUGCAUUCUUGGAUUCAGCGUUCCAUAUGUACAGAAAACUUCACUUUUAAUGUGGAAAAUACUACCCAAAAAGGAGAGGGUUACGUAGGGGAACUAUUUUUCGUUAAAAUUGAUUUACAACAACCGAUGAACGGCAACGACGUCCUUCAUCUGGUCGUAAAAACAAACAGGAAGAAUCCUGGAUCAGAUAGAUCUAUUCCUAUAGUGCAGGAUCUUUGCAAGAGAGAAGUAUUCUUUUACGAUACAAUUCUUAAAGAAUACCAGGAAUUUCAAAAUAACAAAAAGUUUCCAGUUCUUUUAGACCUGGUACCCAAGUGUUUUAAUACGUUUUCAGAAAAUGACAAUGAAGUUAUUAUUUUAGAAAAUUUAAAGAAAGAGGGUUAUGUGCUACAUUCAAGAGAAGAGCCCAUGAAUAUUCUCCAUCUGGAAAUGGGCUUAAAAUCUUACGCAAAGUUACAUGCCAUAUCUUUUGCUCUGAAAAACCAAAAGAGAGACAUUUUUGAAAAUAUAUCAAAGACUUGUAGCUCCUUAGUGAAAGAGAUGUUUCUAACCUCUAAAAAAUUGUUUGAUACAAAGACACAUCUGUUAGUAGAGACUCUAAAAGAAGCUGGUAGACCUGAUUUGUCGACCGUGUAUGAGAAGUAUAUAAACGAAAAAAGUAUUUAUAACAGAUUUAUGGAUGUAGGUGAUACCGUUUCCAAAGAUCAAGCCUUAAUCCAUGCUGACUGCCACAAUGGGAAUAUGAUGUUUCAAUAUAAGACCGACGAUAAAACUGUUCCACUUCGCAUGGUUUUGUUAGAUUUUCAAGCAGUUUGUCUUCACUCACCAGUAAUCGAUGUGUCCUUUUUUCUAUGGAACAAUAUAUCACCAAGUGAAGCUCAGAAAAUCAGAUAUUUUGUAGAAUAUUACUAUACUGAGUUUUGCUCAUAUCUAAACCAACUAGGAAGUGAUGCUAAGUAUUUCCCCGAAGCAUUUUCGAAGAACAUUUAAAAAUAUAUCUGCCAUAUGGAUGGUUUUUUACACUAGCAUUUUUAGAAUUAUUGUAUCUCGACAAUGAUGACACACCAGCUCUUUUUGAAGAAGAAACCAACGAGUUUUUUGGAGGUUUAUCUAAUGACCUAAAAAUCAAAUCACGGGACAAAUACUUGAAACGUCUUGUGGCAUUAGUGGAUAGCUUUUUCAAUGGUCCAUUUGCGUAAACAAAAAAUGAUUCUGGAUUUUUGGGUAAUACCGACUAUUACAGUAAAAAUAUUUUUGUAAUAAUUUUAUUUAUUUAGCGAAUUUAUUGUUACAAUACGAUAAAAUACAUAUAUAAAUAUAA